AGAUCGAUCAAGCGCGCACCAUCAAUCUAACGCCAUGUCAACGUCAAUGUCGCUACUGUCUGCCGGGACUGAUGAUUUACGUCGGCCUCUUUCUACCCAGGAGUCUGGGGAGAUCAGCUGGGACCCCUCCCGCUAUCAUCGCUCAACACGGAGGAUGGUCUAUGACUUUCUACACCCAGGUGAAGAAGAGCUUCUUAGAUUUUACUCUCUUCGUUUCUGCCGAUUGGCCGAUGCUCACUUGUGGCUGCUGCCAGUGCUGAUCGGUGUGAAUUUGCUGCAGGUCUUGAUCUUGCUAAUGGUCCUCCAUUGGAAUCUGGAUUAUGACUUCUGGGAAUUGAGGAUCUUGGUCUUGGUUCUCACUGCAACACUUUUCACCGCGGAAGUCUUGCUGCGAGUCUGGGCAUGUGUUGAGGAGCAUCCUGCCCUAGCGCUGCAGCCAAAUCUGAGCCGUAUACGCUUUUCCCUCAUGCCAUUGAACAGCCUGGAUGUGGCAACCAGUGGUCUUCUCUGGGUCUUCGCCUUGAUGGUCACCCAGCGCCACGAGGUGAACCACAUGGAAGUGUUCUUCAGGUUGGGCUUGCUCAUCUCCAUGGCCAGCGGUGGUGCGAUGCGCUCGCGCUCCCGUAGCUGGAGGUCUAAGAGCAGCGCUGCUUCUUUGCACCCCGAGAAGAUCGUGGAGUACGACUUCCAAGCCGAUCGGUGGAAGACCAGUGUGUCCUUCCGCCCGGGAGGCAUGAAGCGAAGAGGGAGCAUCUUCGAGAAUUUGCCACAGGAAGAUGCUUUUGGAUUUGAUCCCGAAUCAGGCCGCAAGUUCAGGUUGUUGCUGAUCAUUAGUGCUGCACUAAGCAGCAUCACCUCCUUCGCUGUAGAUCGGGGCGCUGGUGUCUUACAGGGGAUGACAAAGGAGCUGCUGCUGGUGGUCGAAGACUUCAUGGGUUUCUCCUCGAAGAUCUUGCACUUCUGGGUCAUAUUUUUCUGCAACGGCGCCUUGCUCUGGAGCGCCUAUGCUUUGGUGCGCUUCAGCCCUGAGGCGGCUGGCUCAGGUCUCCCGGAGGUGAAAUGCAUCUUGAGUGGCAUCGAGCUUUCCAACUUCCUCCAGCCACGGGUGUUGGCGGCCAAGUCCCUGGGUCUUACCCUGGUUCUUGGGGCAUCAAUGCCGGUGGGCAAGGAAGGGCCUUUCGUGCAUAUCGCAUCCUGUAUCAGUGCGAUUCUGCUGGAGUUGGAGCGGUGCUUUGCUAACGUGAGCUUGGACAGACAGGAGGUGCUGCUGGCUGCAGUGGCGGUUGGAGUGGGUGCCACCUUUUCCGCUCCUGUCGGAGGAGUCUUGUUCGCCUUGGAGCUGAUGAUGCCAAGACUGUAUGACACCUCCUCAUAUUCCGCGUGCUUCUUUGCUUCCACCUUUGGGACCUUUGUCUUCAUGUGCUUGAACAUGCUCUUCUCUGGAAGUGGUCAGCUGAAGCCUCUCUUCAAUUCAGACAUUACAGCUGAGCAGGGGCCCACUUUAGAGGCUGAGAUCCUUUUCAUCAUCCUUUGCUUGAUCACUGGUGCGCUCAGUGGAGCUUUGGCAAGUGCCUUCGUGCUGUGCCACAGGCGCGCGGUUGGGGCCAUGAACGCUCUUCGAGGUUUAGCGCCGCUCUUUGGGGAGACGAAAGCUGGCCAGUCGGUACCACGAGACCUAGUGAUCUUCCUUUGUGCCGGUGGCAUCGGAGCGAUGCUGCAAGCGGGCGCUGGCAGCAAGCUCCUGACUUUGGGCACUGGGCCGUUCCUCAGCUGCAUAUUUAGCACCCAAGCUCAUCUUACGAAUCCAGAGCUGGCUACGUUGGGUGGUCUAAUGAUCCUCUUCUUGACGAAGACUAGCUUCACGGUCAUGGCGCUUUCGAUGCCUGUGCCGGCAGGAGUGGUGGCCCCAUCAUUGAUGCUGGGAGGAAUCUUCGGUCGCUUGGUGGCUGCGAUGUUGCCUCAAAACUGUAUCGAAUAUUUGGCGCCGGAUGGGGACUUCGGACAGUACAUCGCAAGGCUGGCGAUUGUGGGUGCCACUUGCUUCUGCGGUGCUGUGUGCCGUGUGAACUCCGUGGUCGUCACUGUCUUCGAGCUCAUCGCUGUCCCGCGAUUGAUCCUGCCGUUGACGUUGGCCACGAUUGUGUCCAACUUCUGUGCGAACAGUGUUGGUCCCUCUAUCUUCGACUCCAUCCUCCUCAUGAAGAAGAUCCCAGCCAUGCCGACCUUGAGGGCUUCGGCGCGUGCCUUGCAAUCGGUCCGGAAGAUCCUGGAUCCAACGAUGAUGAGCCUCUGCCUGCCACGCCGUGCCCAACGUACCGACUUCACACGAUUGCAUUUCAUCAAGAAGAGCCGAGAGGAUGAGGGACGAAGCGUGCCUCGCAUGAUCCCCAUUGUGGACGAGGUGAAAACAGGUGGUGAACCUCGCCUGGUGCUGCUCGGUGCUGUGACCUGGGAGGACUUAGAUGCUCUACAGGUGGCUGGAGGCGAAGACAUGCUGGUCUCGGCCGCGAAGCUGGGCAAGAUCUUGCAGGAUCCUUUGCGCAUCAACCCUCACAUCUCCUUGAAAAAGGCCUACAUCGAAAGCCAAUCAGUUCCACGCAAGGGUCCUAUGAUGGUCGUCGAGGACGGCUUCCUCGUGGGCAUCUUGCCGCACGAUGAUUUGGUGCGUUCCGGAGCUGAAGCCGCCAAGCGCGGCUCCUGAGCGCCCCCGUCGAAAGCUUUGAGAAUGACUCAGAAUGACCAAAUGACUACAUGCUAUGGUUUUCAGUGGUGC